CGCCCCCAGCCCUGUGCUCUCCCUCCUCCAGGCCCCUGAGUGCCAGUGGUGGUGUUGUCCCUUGUCGCCUGGAACCCCAUGCAGCAGGAAGCCAGGCCUAGCGGGGCUGGGGCCCGCACCCGAUUCCUGCCCCUGCGGUCACAGCGCCCCGAGGGGGCCGGGGACGCGGUGAUGUACGCCUCCACGGAGUGCAAGGCCGAGGUGACGCCCUCGCAGCACGGCAACCGCACCUUCAGCUACACGCUGGAGGACCACACCAAGCAGGCCUUCGGCAUCAUGAACGAGCUGCGGCUCAGCCAGCAGCUGUGCGACGUGACGCUGCAGGUCAAGUACGGGGACGUGCCGGCCGCCCAGUUCAUGGCCCACAAGGUGGUGCUGGCCUCCUCCAGCCCCGUCUUCAAGGCCAUGUUCACCAACGGGCUGCGGGAGCAGGGCAUGGAGGUGGUCUCCAUCGAGGGCAUCCACCCCAGGGUCAUGGAGCGCCUCAUCGAGUUCGCCUACACCGCGUCCAUCUCCAUGGGCGAGAAGUGCGUGCUGCACGUCAUGAACGGCGCCGUCAUGUACCAGAUCGACAGCGUGGUGCGCGCCUGCAGCGACUUCCUCGUGCAGCAGCUGGACCCCAGCAACGCCAUCGGCAUCGCCAACUUCGCCGAGCAGAUCGGCUGUGCCGAGCUGCACCAGCGCGCCCGCGAGUACAUCUACAUGCACUUUGGGGAGGUGGCCAAGCAAGAGGAGUUCUUCAACCUGUCGCACUGCCAGCUGGUGACGCUCAUCAGCCGGGACGACCUGAACGUGCGCUGUGAGAGCGAGGUCUUCCACGCCUGCAUCAACUGGGUCAAGUACGACUGCGAGCAGCGGCGCUUCUACGUGCAGGCGCUGCUGCGGGCCGUGCGCUGCCACUCGCUCACGCCGCAUUUCCUGCAGAUGCAGCUGCAGAAGUGCGAGAUCCUGCAGUCGGACUCCCGCUGCAAGGACUACCUGGUGCAGAUCUUCCAGGAGCUCACGCUGCACAAGCCCACGCAGGUGAUGCCCUGCCGGGCCCCCAAGGUGGGCCGGCUCAUCUACACGGCCGGCGGCUACUUCCGCCAGUCGCUCAGCUACCUGGAGGCCUACAACCCCAGCGACGGCACGUGGCUGCGGCUGGCCGACCUGCAGGUGCCGCGCAGCGGCCUGGCGGGCUGCGUGGUGGGCGGGCUGCUGUACGCCGUGGGCGGCCGCAACAACUCGCCCGACGGCAACACCGACUCCAGCGCCCUGGACUGCUACAACCCCAUGACCAACCAGUGGUCGCCCUGCGCCCCCAUGAGCGUGCCGCGCAACCGCAUCGGCGUCGGCGUCAUCGACGGGCACAUCUACGCCAUCGGCGGCUCGCACGGCUGCAUCCACCACAACAGCGUGGAGAGGUAUGAGCCGGAGCGGGAUGAGUGGCACUUGGUGGCCCCGAUGCUGACACGGAGGAUCGGGGUGGGAGUGGCUGUCCUCAACCGGCUGCUCUACGCCGUUGGGGGCUUUGACGGAACGAACCGCCUCAACUCGGCCGAAUGUUACUACCCAGAGAGGAACGAGUGGCGAACGAUCACACCCAUGAACACCAUUCGAAGCGGGGCAGGAGUCUGCGUCCUGCACAACUGCAUCUAUGCUGCGGGGGGCUACGAUGGUCAGGACCAGCUGAACAGCGUGGAGCGCUAUGACGUGGAGACAGAAUCGUGGACUUUCGUGGCCCCCAUGAAGCAUCGGCGGAGCGCCCUGGGGAUUACCGCGCACCAGGGAAGGAUCUACGUUCUCGGAGGCUACGAUGGUCACACGUUCCUGGACAGUGUGGAGUGUUACGACCCCGACACGGACACCUGGAGCGAGGUGACCCGCAUGACGUCGGGCCGGAGCGGGGUGGGUGUCGCAGUCACCAUGGAACCCUGCCGCAAGCAGAUCGACCAGCAGAACUGCACCUGUUGAGCCGCCUUUGUUUCUGGGGCAAAAAAAGGUCCGAUGGAGAGUAUUGUCGUUUUUGUAC